AUGGCGGCCUCCACAGCGCCCGCAGCCAGCGCGACCGCGUCGUCGACCGACGAAUCGACCGCAGCACGGCACCUCUGGCACGUCGCGAUCGCGACGCGCGCCGGCGACGACGGCGAGGACGAGCUCUACGCCGCGGAAGCAACCACCAAAGGCACCGUCCUGCUCACGAUUGCCAAGACCGACGCGACGAUGCUGCCCAUCCACCGCGGCGACACGGUGCAGGUGGGCGCGCACGAGCACUGCGUCCUCGGCGCCGCGGGCGCGCUGCUCGUCGCGGACCCGGCGCCCGCGGCGUUUACGGCGCGCGUCGUCGCCGCGCGCGACCGCGUCGACGUCGUCGCCGCCGGCGACCUGGCCGCCGGCGCGGCCCUGAAGGUCGACCCGCGCGCGACGGAGUGGCGGCUCUUCGCCGCCUGCGCGGAGCGCGAGCGCGCGCGCCUGCUCGCCGCGGGCGUCGCGGCGCACGUCGAGCGGGCCGUCGACAGCGCGCGGCGCUACGCGCCCGCCGUCGUCGGCGCCUGCGCGACGCACCCGGCCUACGGCGCCCCCACGGGCGACGGCGACCAGUCCGAGCUCGACCGCGACCGCUACGCGGCGCUCGAGGAG